UAUGUAGAAACAUGUUUUCAGCUAUAUGGAAAAUGAAAAAUCAUAUAUAUGGACACACGGGUGAACAUCCCUUUAAAUGUUUGACAUGUGAGAAAACAUUUGUUCAACUACGUCAAGUAAAGGAUCAUUUAUUGUCACAUUCUGAGAAGCGUCCUUAUAAGUGCACUACAUGUGGAAAAUCCUUCAAAACCAAUAUCAGUAUGAAGAGUCAUGCAAUGGUUCACACUGGAGGGUGGCGUUAUAAGUGCACUGAAUGCGAAAGAUCCUUUACACGCCCAAGCCAUUUGAGGAAACACCAAUUUCAAGUUCAUUUAGGAGAACGACCUCAUAAGUGCACCAUAUGUGGAAAAUCCUUCACAACCAAUGCUAUAUUGAAGCAACACACACUCCUUCACACUGGAGAGCAACCUCAUAAGUGCACCAUAUGUGGAAAAUCCUUUACAAAUAGUAGCAAUAUGAUGAGACAUACAUUGGCUCACACUGGAGACCGACCUUAUAAUUGCACUACAUGUGGAAAAUCCUUCACAACCAAAAGCAGUAUGAAAAUUCAUGCAUUGGUUCACACCGGAGGGCAACGUCAUAAAUGCACUGUAUGCGAAAAACCCUUUCCAUUACAAAGCCAUUUGAAAAAGCAUUUGGAAUUUACUCAUUUAGGAGAACGACCUCAUAAGUGCACCAUAUGUGGAAAAUCCUUCACAACCUACACUGUAUUGAAGAAUCAUACACUCCUUCACACUGGAGAGGGACCUCAUAAGUGCACCAUAUGUGGAAAAUCAUUUACAAAUAAUAGUAGUUUGAUGAGACAUACAUUGGUUCACACUGGAGAGCGACCUCAUAAGUGCAGUAUAUGUGGAAAAUCCUUCACAGUCAAAGGCAGUUUGAAAAUUCAUACACUCCUUCACACUGGAGAGGGACCUCAUAAGUGCACCAUAUGUGGAAAAUCCUUCACAGUCAAAAGCAGUUUGAAAAUUCAUACAUUGGUUCAUACUGGAGAGCGACCUCAUAAUUGCACUAUAUGUGGAAAAUCCUUCACAACCAAAAACAAGAUGACGAGACAUACCUUAAUUCACACUAGAGAGUGACCAUGUAAGUGCAAUACAUGUGGAAAAUUCUUCACAAGAAGUGGUAAUAUGAAGAGACACAUAUGCGUUCACACCGAGGAAUGACCUUGCAAGUGCACUAUAUGUGGAACUACAUAUGGAAAAUCCUUCAAAAUCAAUUGUGCAAUCAAGCAAUAUAAAUUUUGUGGCCUCAUAAUUAAUUGCACUAUAUGUGGAAAACCUUUCACAAAAAUACCAUAUGGAGAAACAUACAUUGAUUCACACCAUAGAGUGAACUCAUAAUUGCAAUAUUUGUGGAAAAUCCUUAACAUCAAAAACCAUAUGGAACAACAUACAUUGAUUCACACCGUAGAGUGUACUCGUAAUUGCAAUAUUUGUGGAAAAUCCUUCACAACAAAAUCUAUAUGGAACAACAUACAUUGAUUCACACCGUAGAGUGAACUCAUAAUUGCAAUAUUUGUGGAAAACCCUUAACAACAAAAACCAACACUAAUUCACACAGUAGAGUGACCUCACAGUUUAAACAUUUUUUUACAAUUAGGCUAUGAUGGUGCACAAAAACAUAGCAGUUAUCUUACUCAUGUAAAGUCAAACAUUUCAAAGAUACAAAUCUCCAUUGUUCAUUCAGUGUUUUUUUUUAAUACUAAGUUGUAUCUAGGACUGAUUAUUUAUUUCGAUAAUUAUUCUAUAAUUUGUUAUAUAUACAUUACAACUGACUACUUUAAUGUAGUGUUAGAGUACAUUACUGCGUUAUUAUCCUAAGUUUCUGCCUUGGUCCAGAAAAGCCAGUAAUGUUAAGUUUUUGUACAUUUUUCCAUUUUAUGCUAAUUAGUAUAAAUAUAUUAUUUUUGGGUGUUAAGAAUUGUUCAUACAGUAGACUCCCUCUUAUCCAGACACCUUUUAACUGGACAUCGGUUUGACCGAACUAAAAUCUGUGGCAAUGAGGUCUCUUUAAUCGGACUAUUUUAAUCAGCUUAUAGGUUUAACCACCAGACUAGAUUGGCAGGAAGUGGGCGGUAUUGAAACGACUGUUCUUGUGGGAAAGAUUUGAGACCAGGUAUCACGUGCCUAAAUACAAUGCUCUCCUAAAUUAAAGUCAAAUAUGUAUACAGCAUGCAUUUAAUUGGUCUGUUUUAACAAGUUUUUGGGAACGUUGGUUUAACCGGAAAAACCGUUAUCCGGACUCGCUUUGGUCCUGAGGAGUUUGGAUAUGAAGGAGUCUACUGUACACUUAAACCAAGACAUUGAUCACAUUUG